UAAAAUGUAGAUGCACUGAGCUUUGUUCUAUUCUCUUUAUCUUGAUCUUCUAUAUCUUUUGCCUCGUUUGAAAUCGCACCUCACAUUUGGCACUUACGUUAUUUUGCACUUUCCAAAUAAUGCUCGUCAAAAUAAUGUCAAAAGAGUUACAAAUGACGCAACAAUAGGUUCGCGAACACACGUGCAACGUGCUUAUAAAUAUGCACGACACACGCGAGUUAUAAAAGCUCGAUUUACGUAUGUCAUUUUAAGAAACGUAACCCAGCCUUGUGCCGAUUCCCUUUCCGUAGCGAUUGCUUCGAGCUACGACGGACGAACCGUGCGGUUAUUUUGCAAUAGUUCACGGCUUUAGAAAAAAAAAAACAAGAAUCGAUACAUGUAUCUAUACAUAUACGUAAAUCACGCUCGACUCUUUCGCUCUGUCAGAGAACGACUGUAAACCGAGGAAGCUUUAACGUGCAACGUACAUAUAUAUUUACGGAUAAAAUGGAUAUCCAAGGAUGGUGGUUACUUUGUUCACUUGUAACUUUGCCCAAAUUCCGAAAUGUGGCACUUGACGUGUGUCGAUGAUUUCUUGAACCGCGCGUUUUACAAAGUCGGCCUGCUUGUCGGCCGACAUCCCGGCUAUUUUAUAAUUGUGCCGAUACUGUUGGCUUGCAUAUGCUUCACCGGUUAUCAGAGGAUAAACUACGAAAUUGAUCCGGAAUACCUCUUCUCGCCCGUCAACGGCCCGAGCAAGACCGAACGAGCGAUAGUCGAGCAAUACUUCAAAGUCAAUUAUAGUCAUCAAUUCAAUGUCGGUCGUAUUACUCGACCAGGCCGAUUUGGUCAUGUAAUCGUGAUUCCCAAGGAUGGCGGGAAUAAUAUGUUGAAAAGCACGAUUUGGGAGGAGCUAAUGGAACUCGAUCGAAUAAUUAGAAAUGCCAAAGCAAAAUACGAGGACAAUGUAUACACGUACGAGCAGAUUUGCGCACGAUGGCUCGACGAGUGUUUCACCAACGAUAUCCUAAAUCUACAUCACGUGAUAGACGAGGUGGAAAGGCGGAAGUUAAAUCUGACAUUCCCGAUAACGAUCAAUCCGGCCACCUGGGACGCACAUUUGUUGCCGGUAUUCUUCGGCGGAAGUGUCCUCAAUGACGAUCUCACUGUAGAAUCGGCGCCUUCGGUACAGCUCGGCUACUUCAUCACGGUCGAUAGUCCGCAGCAAGACGCGAUAGGCGCCGCCUGGGAGGAGGCUUUCCUAGAGGUCGUCGGCAAGGCCGAGGACGGAGGUAGGUUUAAGCACAUUAGCACCGCGAGAUUCGCCUCGAGAACCCUCGAGCUGGAGCUGGAGGCCAACACCAAGACGGUCGUGCCGUAUUUCACCAGCACGUUUAUCAUAAUGGGCCUGUUCUCGGUCGUGACAAGCAUGAUGACCGAUUGGGUACGCAGCAAGCCUUGGCUGGGUCUUCUCGGCAAUAUCUCGGCCGCCAUGGCGACGGUCGCUGCAUUCGGAUUAUGCAUCUAUCUGGGGGUCGAUUUUAUCGGUCUCAAUCUUGCCGCGCCGUUUCUCAUGAUAGGAAUAGGGAUCGAUGAUACCUUUGUUAUGCUAGCAGCCUGGAGAAGAACGAGUAUUUCUAAACCGGUACCGGAAAGGAUGGCAGCAACGUUGAGCGAAGCUGCCGUAUCCAUCACCAUCACAUCUCUAACGGAUAUGAUAUCUUUUUUCAUAGGCAUUUUAUCGCCCUUCCCUUCGGUUCAGAUUUUUUGCAUCUACUCAGGUUUUGCGGUAGUCUUCACUUUCCUGUUUCAUCUAACAUUCUUCAGCGGAUGCGUCGCGAUCAGCGGUUAUUGCGAACGAAAGAAUAUGCACAGCGUUUUCUGCUGCAAAGUGGAACCUCUAUCUAAAUCUACUCAUCGAUCGUGGUUCUACAGAGUACUAUGUUCCGGCGGAAUUAACCCUGACGACCCUCACAAUCCACUCGACAAUCCCGAGCACGGAUGCAUGACUUGGUUCCGUGAUUAUUUGGCAGACGCGCUAAACUGUCGCCUUGUGAAAGUGAUUAUCAUUCUCGUUUUCGUGUGCUAUCUCCUUGGUGCCCUUUACGGACUGACAACGCUUAAAGAAGGUCUGGAUCGACGCAAGCUUUCUAAAGAAGAUUCCUACUCGAUCGCUUUCUACGACCGCGAGGACUAUUAUUUCCGGGAGUUUCCGUACAGGAUACAGGUGGUACUGGCCGGCGAGUACGACUACAGCGAUCCAAUAAUUCAACAGCAGGUGGAGAAUCUAACGAAAAGCCUCGAGGCGAGUCGAUACAUAAGCGCGCCGAUCUAUACUGAAAGCUGGCUCCGCAGUUUUCUCGGCUACAUAUCCAACAACGACGAUUAUCUGAACGUGACUAUCAAGGAUAAUCAUAAUUUCACCAAGGUUCUCAAAGAGCUCUGGCUAUUCCCGUCGAGUUCCUUUUCCCUGGAUGUCAAGUUCGACGAGACCGGCGAGAAGAUUGUCGCAAGCCGGUUUCUAAUACAAGCGGUAAAUGUGAGCGGCACGAACCAGGAAAAGGACAUGGUGAAGGAGCUACGUCACAUCUGCGACAUGUCGCCGUUGAACGCCAGCGUGUUCCAUCCGUACUUUGUGUUCUUCGAUCAAUUCGAGCUGGUCCGGCCGACCAGUAUCCAGUGCAUGGUAUUCGGCGCCCUCGUCAUGAUGCUCAUCAGCUUCAUCUUCAUCCCCAAUAUCUUCUGCUGCCUGUGGGUCGCCUUCUGCAUCGUGUCGAUCGAGCUCGGGGUGACCGGUUACAUGGCGCUCUGGGACGUCAAUCUCGACAGCAUCUCCAUGAUCAAUCUGAUCAUGUGUCUCGGUUUCAGCGUCGACUUCACCGCGCACAUCUGCUACGCUUACAUGAGUUCGAAACAAACGCGGGCGGAAGAUCGGGUCAAGGACAGCCUGUACAGCUUAGGUCUACCAAUCGUUCAGGGUGCUGCAUCAACGAUCCUCGGUUUGAUGGCGCUUCUGCUGGCCGGUACCUAUCUCUUCCUCGUGUUCUUCAAGAUGGUCUUCCUGGUGAUCUUCAUCGGCGCUAUGCACGGUAUGUUCCUGCUACCUGUGUUGCUGUCCCUCUUCGGGCCUGGAGCUUGCAGUGGCGGACAGGACGAGCCCGGGGAAGUGGAGAAUGCGAAGAACAGCACGCAGGAAAAGGAACUAGCGCACAAGCUUCAGCAACCCUACGUGAUCCCGCAUCCUCAUCUAGUCUAUUUCACUGCGGGCGCCGUCAAGCCGCUCCAGGACAGUCCUGCGACCAGCAUGGCGGCGUUCGAGGAGAGGGAUCCCGGUUUGGGCACCAGCGAGGACAGCAACUCGACCGAGAGCGGCUCCUCGCAAAGCAGGAGACGUCAGUGCAAGCAGCAGGAUCAGCAGCCGGACCAGCAGAACCAGGCACGUCAUCACGACAUGUGGAGAAGAUCCAUCGGUGUCCUCUACGGUCUCUCGCAAUUUCAAUCCGCGGUCAACGAACCCGUGCAUCCGGCGCCGGAUUAUCCUGGUGCCCUGGCGCGAGAACCCGGCGAGGUAAACGAGUCACGAACGGUGCCUUAUCUAGGACCCUACGUCGCGUAUCGUCACACGAAUCAGUUCUCGCGAAACUACAGACGCAGCAGGUCCUAUCACAACUUGCAGUAUCCUGUCACGUCGACGCGACAUUUAACGGAUCCCCGAUAUCCAUAGUAGAGGAUGAAGAGAUGGAAUAGCGCAAAAGAAAGCUAUUGUCGACGUGAGAAGCAAGACGAAAGAUUCCUCGGUUGAAUUUAGAGCUUCUUCGAGCGGAACGAUAGCGAGAAUCUAUUGAGGCAAACUGAUGUUGCCGAAAGAAUGGACCGAUAUUGUGAAACCAUGACAAUACGGAGAGAGCGAAGGAAGAUUAGGAUGUUCGAGUUUACAGUGUAUAUUACUGUCAAGGUGCUGAGAGUCAGAUUUUAACCCUCAAACAGCGCCACGAUUGCACAGAGGAUGGCGCCCGAGUGAAUUCGAAUCGAAAAUAAUAUCUUUUCUAUCUCGAAUAAAAUUUUUAUUGUUUAUUUUUAUUUUAUUGCACACCUA